AUGGCAUCCUCUAAUACGAACAGUGCGGACGGACACUUCUCAUUUGCCAAGAUUGCUGCUAUGCCUGCACCUUCAAUGUCUCAACCGUCGAUGGUUUCAGGUGAAAGUGGCGCGGCCAAUACCGCGAAUUCGACUCAGUCCACCGUGGAUCACGAUUAUGAGAGCGUGGAACUCGCCGAACGACGUCCGAGCCCAGAUGGCGAGAGACACUCCUCCUCCGACCGCACUUGCCAUGGUCUCACAGCAGCCAUGCAAGGUAUCAAUCUCGAUCCUCGCAAUUCGAGUCAAGGUUGCACUCUAUCAAAUGGUGUCUCUGUGAAUGGUAUUCUGAAACGUGAAAACUCGUUUGACGACGAUAGAACCCAUCUCUCCACGUCUUCGACUAAGAUGACCAACUUCGAUACGAAAAGCUUGGCAUCGGUGACCACUUUUGCGAUGGAUGAGAAAGAUUCGGUCAGACCCGAUGAUAGUGCUAGUGUGCAAGCUGUCGACGAAGAUGAAUCACUUUCCGGUGUUGCCUCCGGGGCUCCAAACUCCGUGACAGGCUCUGAAGCAGGGGUUCGGCUCUUCCGUGAUCAUUUCCGCGAUAAUGUUGGUAUCCGCUCUCGGGAGAUGGCUCCCGGCUACGGUGAGGGAAAUCCUCAAGAUGCAAAUGUCAUGUCUCCAGACUCUGUUGCUAGUAACUUCGCCAACCCGAUCAACCUCGAGACAUCGACAAGCGCUCACGUUGUUCAUCCGUUUCCACUUCAUCCCGACGAGAAGCUUGCUACUGCCAUGGAAAGCCCCAAAGACCGGCUCGUGGUCCUCACAAUUGAGGAGAAGGUUCGCGCGUUCAUCAAGUAUUCGAGUGAACAAUCCUUGGAACUUCCGCCGAACAAUUCUUAUGGGCGACUACUUGCGCAUAGGCUAGGUGAUUACUACCAUUUGACGCAUUUUGUGGACAAUAAUGUGACGUCUGUGCGCCUCCACCGGACGCCUUUUUCGAGACUACCAACUCCUUUGUCGGAGCUGUACCCAGUAUCCAACGAGAAGCCUGUGCAUCCUAUGCCGACAAAGAUCAUGCGCCGAACAGACGGACGUCCUUCGGCCGAAGGGAGCAUAGCGGCUAGCUCAUCCGUGGCAUCGAAAGCCGCGUCUGAAGCAGGUUCGACAGACCAGGACGGAGAUAGAACUGGGUCCGCCGGUUCUAUGUCCGCAAAGGAUCGCAUGGCAAUGACACGAGAGGAGAGAGAGGCAAAAUAUGCCGAAGUUCGUGAGCGCAUCUUCCGCGACUUUCCCGAAAGCGCCAAAUCGGAAACUAGCGGUGAUUCGACUAGCAUGUCUCGAUCAAGUUCUACAACAGGACGAAAGAAAGCUGCUAAACAGCGCACACCCCUCGAUGACGGCUUCGAAGCCCGCUCGCAAUUCAAUGUCUACUACCCCGGCAAUCCCUACGGCAACAACAUGUCAGGUUACAACUCAUCCGUGUCCGAUGGCUCGUAUUCUAACAAUGUCCCAUACAUGGUGGGACCGGGAGUGGCCCCUCCCAAUGGAGGUUACACUCCAACCAACCAGAACAUGAUGUAUUCAGGACAAAUGAGUGCCAACGGCUUGUCCCAAUACCCAGCAAGGAUGACUCCCCAAAUGAACGGCGUUCAGUCUUGGCAAGGCACGGGCACUCCGCAGCAGUCUCCCUACCAAGGAUAUUCCUCAAUGAAUCAGACCUCAACGGGGCUUCAACAAGCCGCUAUCAAAUCUCCGCAAACAACUGGAAAUUACAUGACCCCAAAUUCACCACAGUUCGCCCAGAAUACCAAUUGGGCCAACCCUACUUACAUGGGUCACCCACCGCAGCAUGCUGUACAUCAACGUACCCCGCAAACACCGUCGUGGCCCAAUUAUCCCGCUCAAAACGCAAACAGUGCAACUGUCACGCCGCACGUUGCUACCUACUCGUAUGCCCAAUAUCCUGGACAGCAUCUAAACUCCUCGUUUAACAACAGUGGCGCUCCCCAUGCAAGGUCGCACUUCAACCCACAAACGCGCUCAUUCGUCCCUGGGGAUACCGGCGCGCAAAGACAUCCUGUCAAAGGCGUGUCAUCCAGAAUGCAAGCCUAUGGCAACAGGGCACCGCCUGUGGCUCAGCCUAACUGGUCCAGGUUUCCGGAUCCUGCUCCAAAUCAAUCUUUCGAGUCUUUCUCCAAUGCCAACCCUCCUCGGAAUUCGAGCCCAGCCUCCCAGACUUCUAUCGCCAGAUGGGGUACACCGUCCCAUUUACCUCCCAAACCUCCCCCAUCCGAGGUAUCGUCCGACUUCGACAUCAAGAAUCGAUCAGGGUCGGUCAAUAUCGCAGGUGCAACUGCCAACAGCAACGGAAUAUCCGGUGUGGUCAACAAUGGCCCUUUCGUUGUGUCCGGAGGAUCAACUGCGAAGAUGCACUGA